GUUAACUCUCCUCAGAAGAAAGAUCACCUCUCCAGCUUUCAUACUCAGCUCCAGUCGUCCGCUCCCACUGAAGUCGAAGACCACCUGGGAACCACACACACACACACGGAGGAGAACACACACACACACACGGAGGAGAACACAAACACGCCCGCAGCAGGCAGCGGACCAGGAUCAACCGAGAGAAAGGGAGAGAAAGAGAGACAGACACAGAGAGAAGACUGAGAAACCGAACAGUUACCAAGAUGGCCGCUUUGAAAGAUUUUUUGAAAGCUGAUGAUAUUCAGAAGGCCCUUGAUGCAGUCAAAGCGGAGGGUUCCUUCGACCAUAAGAAGUUCUUUGCUCUGGUGGGCCUGAAGGCCAUGACUCCUGACAAUGUCAAGAAGGUGUUCCAGGCUAUUGAUGCUGACCAGAGUGGAUUCAUUGAGGAGGAGGAGCUCAAGUUUGUGCUGAAGAGUUUCGCUGAGGCCGGCAGAGACCUGACCGACGCCGAGACCAGAGCCUUCCUUAACGCCGCCGACAAGGACGGAGACGGAAAGAUCGGCAUCGACGAGUUUGAAGUCUUGGUCCAUGAGGUGUAAAGAGCACCUAUAUCCUCCCCCUUUCUCCUCCCCUGCGAAUUCAUGUUUUAAAUGCAACUCCCACCCCCAUCACCCAAAAAGCACCAUCGAGUCCAGGGUGAAGUUUCUCCUCGACACAGAUCUAGGAUCACCUUCCCCAAUCCCAACCUUAACCAUUAGUCGGGGAAAAAUGCCAACUGACCCAAGAUCAGCGUCAAGGCUACUUCACCCUACUCCGCACCAUACAGGCCCAGUCUCUCUAACCAGAAACAGUAUCAGAUACGUCCACCAGGGGGAGGUAGAGAGAGGACUCCCCAACAAGCACUACUGUAUUUAUUUGUAUGUUUUUCUACCACACCAACAUCCUGUAUAUAUGUCCUGUUUUGAUUUGAAAACCUCAUGACUGUCUCCUUUUAAAAGAAAACCUUUCCUGUAGAUAUAAUGUACCAGACACCUUCCCUUUCUAGCCGUCUAUGGACCCAAUGUCACCUUAUCCAAAAUGGCACCCUAAUCCCUUUAUAGUGCACUACUUCCAAAGGGUGCCAAAAGGGAAUAGGGUGCUAUCUUUAAUAGAGUGCCAUUUUUGGGGGACUGAACCCUUACAACCUGUGUCUCUCAUUCUUUAUUUUCUCCACCUCACACAUACUUGUACCCUCCUUCCUGUCCUCCCUCCCUCAUUUCCUCCUUCCUCUCUCGUUCGGUGAUGAGAUGUAUAAAUAAAGAGGUAGAGUGGUGAAGAGAGAGAAAUUAUUCAAAAUAAGAACUACUAAGAAAUAAAACACCUUGAGUAAAAUGAC